UGCCAACUGUUAUCCGAUAAAUAUAUAUAUUUGUCUAAAUUCAAUCAAAUGUGGCUAUUGUCAUUUAAGAUGUUGUUCGUAGUUUUAAGUCUUCUUAGCAUAACGUCCAUCUCCCAAUCUGCCGUAGUACAGCAAUAUGAAUCACGAAUCGUAAAUGGAGAAGAUGUAGCGCUGGGAGAAAUAUCGUAUCAGGUCUCUCUACAGACACAAACUUCUUUCCAUUUUUGUGGAGGAUCUAUCCUUAAUGAAUAUUACGUUAUUACUGCCGCUCACUGCGUGGACAAUAGGAUACCUGCAGAUAUUAUAAUCGUCGUCGGUAUCGUAAAUUUGAAUCGCUCGGGCGUAAAGCGUGCAAUUAAAGAGAUUAUUUCCCAUAAAGAAUAUGAUCCUAAUAAUUCGUGGCUUAACGACAUUGCAUUGAUCAAGGUGUACUCUCCGUUUAAACCAUCGCGUAAUAUUGGAUUCGUAAAUCUUCCCAAACAAGACGAAGCGGUCCAGCCAGGUACUGCGGCAAGAGUUUCCGGAUUCGGAAGAAUAUCGCAAGACGGACCCAAUUCCAAAAUCUUACAAAAGGCUAUCAUUUACAUAGCCGAUCAGGAGUAUUGCAAGAAUAUGUAUACCAAUAUUCAGUACAAUAUUUAUGACACUCAAAUCUGUGCCAAUAAUCCAAACAUCAGCAGAGGUUCUUGCAAAGGUGACUCGGGCGGUCCUUUGAUUGUUAAUGGAAAACUUGUUGGGCUUGUAUCAUGGGCGAAAGCUUGUUCUCUUACUGACUAUCCGACUGUGUACACCCGCAUACCUUCGUACAUCGAUUGGAUCGAGAAAAAUGCUGUAUAAAGACAAUUGAUAUUCAUACAGGCAUAUGAUCACCCAUUGUGAAGAUAUUAAACACAUUAGGUUAUAUUUAUUUUUUCGUUUUAUUACGUGUCUAAAUUUUUUUAUUUAUUAAGGUAUGUUCAUUUUAUAUAUAAUUUCACAAAUAAUUAACUAUUUAUAAAUAAUAAAUAAUACUUAUAAAUAAUAAAUAAUAAAUAUAAACUCCCAGAAUUAGCAAAAAAACAUCUGAGAUUAUAAAAGACUAAAAUAAGCUGAAUGUGUAAAUUAUAAAUAUGUGUAACUGAAUGUGUU